AGUUUUUUUCCGGAUACUCCACCGUGACUUCCGCGUUGUUAAUAAGGUACGAGGUAGCUGAGAUUACCAGGCCCGUUUAAUUAACAGUAGAGUUUUAAAAACAGUGAGCAACCGAAGUCAUUAUUGCUAAUACGACACCCUGAAACAUUUCUAUUCAGUACUCAGAUUUUGAGAGCACACGCAGGUCACACUGGAUGGCCCAGCUGGUAACAGUUGGGGCCAGUUGUUAACAACCUUUGAGCCUGUACGUGUAACGUCAGUCCACAAUGGCCAGUCAUUUUCGUAGCUACAUCUGGGAUCCGGUCCUCAUAGUGAGUCAGAUUGUGUUGAUGCAGUGCAUCUACUACAGCUUCUUGGGCCUGUGGUUAGCUGGAGUGGACAGUCUGGUGCAAUCUAGUCGGUCACUGGACCAGAUCUUCAGCUAUGAAGUUCUUGGUUUUGCAACAAUGCAAGGCAGGCUUAUACUGAUGGCAUUCAUCUUGAACUCUCUAACCUGCGCCCUCGGUCUGUGGCUCUUCAUCCGUCGGGGGAAACAGUGUCUGGACUUCACAGUCACCGUGCACUUCUUCCAUAUGAUCGGCUGCUGGAUAUAUAAUGCUCAUCUUCCAGAUGCCCUGUCCUGGUGGCUCGUCAAUGUAGCCUGUAUGGCGUUGAUGGCUGUAAUCGGAGAGUACCUGUGCAUGCAAACUGAGCUAAGGGCUAUUCCAGUUAAUAGCGGACCCAAAUCUAACCUGUGAAUUGUUGUUGACACCAUGCUGAAACUCUGUGGACAGUUAACCCCUGAGGAACUUGGUCAGAAAAGGCUUUUUACUUUGUGCAAAAGAAAUGGAGUAUGUACCUCCAGCAGCGUAGAUGUUGGAUUGUCAUCCAUCUCAGCUUCAAGUGAUACACCAGAUGAAUUGAUCUAUUUAUUCAUAGCUGUCUGCCAAAUGUUGGACAGUAUUAACUCUGUAGCAUAUGAGAUACAUGUUUUAUUGCUUAUAAAAGCAGACAUCAGUUUACACAUUUCUCUGAACCUAAUGACUAUACACUUUUAUUCAAAUUAAUUGCAGUUUGUUUUCAUUUUAGCAUGAGCACCCCAUUCCAUAAUUUUAAAAAUUGCAAUAUUUUUUGUUUUUUUCUGUGUAUGCGCACCCAGAAAUGACAAAUUGAAACUUCCGAGCAUAUACAUGUCUUAAAAAGUAGCAGAAGAGCAACGACCGUGACAUUUUCCUCUCUUUGUGUUGGUAUUAUUACAAGCCUGCUGGGUUGGCAAACAAACAUGACCAUGAUGUUACAGGAUAUUUUAGUUUUAAAAUUAAAAUGUUCCAGUUGCACCUCACUGCAAUUUAAAGUUGUCAGUGUACAAAAUUACCUCCAUCACAGCUUUUAUCACUUUUUUUUACAGGUCGUCUUCAAGUUUAAUGUUGGUUAAUAAGUUCAGUGUUCAAAAAGGAAUACUAUAGUUUUCUGAGACAGUAAUUGAUCAUUGUAUAAAUCAAAAGGAAGGAAAAAGUUUUCUGCUUUAUAAUCUCUCAACACAUCAUUCAUUAGUCGGGCUUAUUUUUAGCUUUCUGGAUUAAGUUUGCACAUUCAGUCUCCCAAGGCCUUCCUUGUCAAACUUGUACUACAUUUUGCACAGCUAGUGCUGUUUGUUUCCUUCUCUUAAUGACAUGAUGUAUUAUGCAGACAUGGUGGCCACUUUGGGGACAGUCUGUCAGUUACCAGCUGUGUUCUGACAGCAGACUUUGUCUCUGAUUCUGGAAACAUUUACUGAUUGUGGAACAAAAUCAGCUUUCUCAUUCAUCAAUGGCUUUUUAAAAACCUGUCUAGGUGAACUGCUUGUUACUUGAGUAUUACAGGUCUUUUAACACAUACUUGGAAAUCUUUUUAUUCUGUGUGGUGACCGUCAGGUCGAACCUCUGAUGCUUUGAAAGUGUGGACUAUGCAGUGUCUUGUUUUUUUUAAUCAUGGGCAUACAUCAUUAUGCUGCAGUGGUUGAUAUAUAAAAGUUGUAAAAUAGUUGGGAAAUAUAGGAAAUGCACCUAUUUGCUUUCUUGCUGAGUGUUAGAUGAGAAGAUCACUACCACUCUUAUGUCUGUUAAAUAUGAAGCUACAGCCAGCAAGUGGUUUGCUUAGCUAGGACAGGAAACUUGAAAAAGCUAGAGUGUUGUCCAAAGGCUAAGAAACUAAACUCAGCACCAGGGCUGCACGAUAUGAGGAAAAUAUCUAAUUGUGAGUAUUUUGACUGAUAAUGCGAUAUGAUUUACGAUAUUGCAGGGAAUGAUCAUAUGUCAUUAUUCUCAUUUUCAUUGAAAAAAUAAAUUAAAAGAUUGAAGUGUGAUUGUAUUUUUUUUUUUUUUUGCGAGGAUCUGUACCAAACAAAACAAAUUUGAUAAAAUUAGGAUUAAUUGUGCAGCUCUACCCAACACCUCAUAAACUCAAUAAUAAACAUGUUUUAUCUUGUUUGAUUAAAACUAAAGUGUACAAAUGAAAAGGUUUUUUUUUUUUUUUUUUUAACAGAUUAACAGGAUUUAACAUGUGAAUGAGCUCUAGAGUUGCUGGUAGGCAUACUUUAUUACCGUUCAGAGCCAGAAUAGCGGUUUCCACCCCAUUUACAGUCUUUAUGGUAAGCUAAGCUAACCGGCUGUAGCUUCAUAUUUAUUUACAAAUACGAGGGUGGUAUUAAUCCUCUCAUCUAAUUGUUGAUAAGAAAGCAAAUGAGCGUGUAUCCCAAGUUAUGUUCAAACCCAUGACUACUCUUUCUAAACCAGUGUCACCUGCUAUUUAAUAAUUUCCUUCUAUCUAUCUAUAUCUGCUCUAGGAGUUUUUACAUGCAAUGAGACCUUUGUAUUCUUUAACGUAACCCUUAGCUUUUAUAAUGUAUUUAAAUACAAAGAACUUCAGCAAUUGACCUAAUGAUGUAAUUCAAUUCUCAGACUUGUUUCUAGUCCAGAAACAUCACAGGCAAGGUAUCAUACUUUGUCCUACUAAAUUAUGGUACAAUGCCAGUACUUGUGUGCAUAUGAUGUUUAAUAAAACACUACCAGUUCAUAUGGAAACUUGUAAAUAGUCAGGAAACUGUAGGUGAAGAAAUAAUUGGCCAUUGUGCUUCUCAAGUCAAAGAUAGGACUUUUAAUGAGGGGCAAACCACAAGCGUGUCUUCAGAUCUCUGAAAGUUUUCCACGCCGGGCCCUGAUCCCCUCAUUUUCUCCAACUACUGCCUCUUCUGUUAGGUGUCCAGGUGGAAAGAAGCAGAUGGGAAAGCACUAACGAGUUGAAAAACACUGGUUGCGGUCCUCAUUACCAACACUUUGCUUCAGGGAGAGCUAAAAACAGAAACUCUGUAGUAAGUGAGUUGUACAGCAGAGGACUUACUGCAACGAUUAAAGGCUCCACUAUUU